AUGUUUAAGUUCAUCCUGUUGGUAACACUCGUGGCGGUAGCGGCUGCAGAGGUGGAACUGGUAGUGAAGGAUUGCGGUUCUCAUGACUCCGUAAUCAACUCCAUCCAUGUAGACGAAUGCAACACGGAACCAUGCAUCAUCCAUAAAGGACAGAACUAUACCAUCCAUGUGAACUUCACUGCAACCAAAACAGUUCAGGAGGCCCACAGUGUUUUGCACGCCGGAAUUGGGUUCAUGCAGGCACCUUUUCCCCUCAAUCCAGAAAACGCCUGUCAGGGCUCCGUCCAGUGUCCAAUUAUAGCCGGACAGACGUACGAAUUCGUUCAGACCAUGACGACUCCAAUAUUUGCUCCAAGCGUACCGGUUGUUUCCCGCUGGGAGGUCAACGACGAAAACCGCGAGGACAUCUUCUGUUUUACCACAAAUCUCAAUAUACGCGCUUAA